GCAACACACUGUAUUCAAAGACAAGUACACACAGCGGCAUGACUUCAAAAACGCAGUACAACCUAGUGGUACAUUUGACCGUGUUUUUGUCUGCUUUAAUUGAAACAGUUCAUGGACAUUACGGAUAUGUCCAAAUUCUCUGUCGAACUGACUCUCAACAAAACACUGAAUUUAUCUACUCGGUCACCUACAACAUGAUAGAAUAUCUGAGAUACAACAGCACUGAGGAUAUAGUUAUUGGUUACACUGAAUUUGGAAAGAAAUGGGCAGAGGACUACAAUAAAAACAAGAUUUUACUCGCACAAGCAGAAUUUGCUCUGAAAGAUUGCAAAGAAAUUGGAAAAUUUAUUUUCCCUUAUGCAGGGACGGCAGUAAAACCAGAAGUAAUUAUCCGGUCAGACAGGGAAGCUAUUGGGAAUCAGAAAGCUGUUCUGGUGUGCAGUGCCUAUGACUUCUACCCCAAACCCAUCAAACUGACGUGGAUAAGGGAUGAUAUUGUGAUGACAGCUGAUGUGACCUCCACUGAGGAGCUGGCUGAUGGAGACUGGUACUACCAGAUUCACUCCCACCUGGAAUACUUUCCCAAACCCGGAGAGAAGAUCUCCUGUGUCGUGGAGCACGCCAGCUCUCAUAGACCCAUGGUCUAUCACUGGGAUCCUUCUCUAUCCGAGUCUGAGAGGUCUAAGAUAAUUCUUGGGUCUGUGGGGCUGGUGAUGGGGGUCGUGAUGGCAGCCGGAGGACUGAUCUACCAUAAAAGAAAACACACAGGCUUUUACCGACUUCCAGUUUGUUUACUUCCACUGCAAACAAUGGACGGCACUGAACAACAGCCGUAACAUCUGGGACUGCAUCAUCAUUCCAUACGACUCGAGAGAAACAUCAACUGAGUAUGAAGACUGUAUGACAACAAUCAGGCAUCAGUCAUCUAAGCCUCAACUUCUGAUUGUCCAUUUAAUCUCAUUUAAUACGCAGUCAAUUAAAAAGGCAAUUAACUCUUUAUAGUCACUGUCACUUCUCUUAUGGCUAUUGAUUUUCUGCUUGCAUCUUCAGAGCCCCUAUAAUGCCAUUUGCUCCUGAGACUUUUGUAUUCGCACAAACUUUAGUAAAAACUAGCGAGAAUGAGCCAGAAAUGGGCAUUUUUAGAAAAUUACAUGCAGGUGCAAAUAGUAUGUUUUGCAUUUCAUCUGAUUAAAUCAGUAAACUGUUGUUAUAGUAAAGACCAUCAGAUUUUUGAGACCAUCUUGCCAUUGAUCUAUGAUGUCAAAGGCAGCAUACAGGUAAAAAUAUUCAACGCAAUCUCACGAACAAUUCGUACGAAUUCAUAUGAGUGAGUAAUAUGUGACUGAUUCGUAUAAAUUCGUACGACCUCACUCGAACCAUUUGUCUAAACCCCAUUGAUGUUUAGGUUUAGGGGCGGGGUCAGGGGGAGGUCAUUUGCACAAAUUCAUACGAAUUGCGCAAAUCGUAAAAUAUGUAUGAUUUAGCAAAAAACAUUUUGGCUAAUUUCGGUGGAAACGCAGCUUAUUUUUAGGUUUUAAGCUGCGUUUUCAUCUAAAUUACCCGUUGCUUUCUUCGUCAACUUAUUCAACCAAUCAAAAUUCAGCAUGAACUCAACCAAUAAGCAUGUUCAGUGCCCAUGUACCCACAGCUAUGGGGCGGCAGUGGCUCAGUGGUUCAUAUACUGUAGGUUGUCUACAAUC